CUCCUAUUGGGCUUCAAGCACAUAUUUAUCUCUUAAAUUACCUUAUUAAAGCAUAAACAUAUACGUACCCUACAAGCCUUCUUUUCCUCCAAAAGCCCUACAACUUCUCUAGGGUUUAUUAGUAAUAUCUUUCUAGUUUCAGCAUAUCAAAAUUUUGCUAAUGGAUUCUGAUUAUGAUAUUUAUGAUAUGGAUUCUGAGCCGGAGCCAGAAGAGGAAGAUUUUUUCAGUGAUGAACCAAUUAUCAACUCACAUAAUCAGAAAGAUUACACAAUUUUGAAGGACACUGAUAUUCAUCAACUGAUCAAAGACGAUAUAUCGAAAACUACAACGAUUCUUUCGGUCAAAAGAGACGUCGCUUUGGCUCUUCUUCGCCAUUAUAAUUGGAACAUGACUAAAGCUAACGAAGAAUGGUUCGCUAAUAAACUCGAGGUUAGUAAGGCUAUAGGUAUGUUAUUGGAGAAAGAAGAAACUACGUCUUUGGAUUCUAAUCUUGUGAAUUGUGGUAUCUGUUUUGAGGAAUAUACUGUUGAUAAGAUUGCUUUUGCUGCUUGUAAACAACAUCCUUUUUGUAAGGGAUGUUGGGAAUGUUACAUUAGCACGUCAAUUAAUGAUGGUCCUAAAUGUCUUGUUUUACGUUGUCCAAAUCCAUCUUGUAAUAUGAUGGUAGGUGAAAGUAUGAUUGUUAAGUUGGCAUCUGAUAAAGAUAAAUUGAAGUAUUAUGAUUAUAUGUUUAGAUCUUAUGUUGAAGAAAAUAGGAAGAUUAAGUGGUGUCCUGCCCCUGGAUGUGAAUAUGCGGUGGAAUUUGAAAUUGGGAGUGAAAAUUAUGAUGUGAUUUGCGAUUGUUCGAAUGAUUUUUGCUGGAAUUGCUUGGACGAGAUUCAUCGCCCGAUUGAUUGCAACACUAUAGAAAAAUGGAAAAAUAGGAAUUUUGAAGAAGCUGCGAAUACGAAGUGGAUUUUAGCUUUCACUAAGAAAUGUCCCCAGUGUAAUAAAUCCAUUGAGAAAAAUAAGGGAUGUAUGCAUAUGACUUGUGUGUGUUAUUACCAAUUUUGUUGGCUUUGUUUGGCAAAAUGGGAUAGUUGUAUUGGUGGAUGUAAUGGUUUUGAGGAAAACAAAGAGGUAAAAGAAGCCAAGAAAAAUAUUCUAAGGUACACACAUUACUAUGAGAGAUGGGUGUCAAAUGAGAAGUCAAAACAACAGGCUUUAAAGGAUUUAAAUGAGAUGAGAAACGAAGGAGUGAAAAAGCUAAGUGAAUUACACUCUUUACCUGAGACUGAAUUGGAAUUCAUUAUACAAGCUUGGCAACAAAUUGUUGAAUGUAGAAGAGUCUUGAAAUGGUCUUAUGCCUAUGGAUUUUAUUUACCAGAAGAGGACAAGGUGAAAACACAAUUUUUCGAGUACUUACAAGGGGAGGCAGGGGCAGAUUUAGAGCGACUUCAUCAUUGUGCAGAGCAAGAAUUAUUGGAUCAUCUCGGAUCUACCAAGAAAUUGGAUUAUACAGAGCAAGGAUCUUACAAGAAUUAUGAACGUUUUCGUUCGAAACUUAUUGGUCUGACUAAGGUUACCGGAAAUUACUUUGAGAAGUUGGUUACUGCCUUAGAAAAUGGGCUCAAAGAUGUGAAUUCAAAAGAAUACAAGAGAAAAAGGGAAAUACCAAUGAGUAACAUUACUGUUGAUGAUUCAAGCAUGUGGGCAUGUGACAGGUGUAGUUUCUUGAAUGCAGAUUAUUAUACUGUUUGUCAAAUGUGUGUGGUAGAUUGAAGAAAAUUUAAUCCACUUAAUGCAACCAUGAGUUAGUCAGAGUAUGAGAAUAAUAGUAUUAGUUACUGAAUUUAGAAGAGGUAUUUUUUUUCUUUGUUUUCCUUAACAAGUUGGUCGAUUGAUUAUAGAUUAGUAAUCUAAAGAUUGGACCUUUUCUCAAUGUCUU